AUGGUAGCGGCGCACACUUCCCAUUCGUCCUCGUCUGCAGAGUGGAUUAUUUGUCUCGACAAGAGGCCAACUGAGCGUUCCGGGGAAGAUGUGGACAUAAUUCUGGCACGUCUGAAAAAUGUGAAGGCCUUCGAGAGGUUCCGUCCUGGUCUUCUGCAGCAGAUAUGCCUGUGUGGAUUCUAUGAGUCGUUGGAGAAAGGCAUCACCUUGUAUCGCCAAGGGGACAUCGGCACCAGCUGGUACACGGUGCUGUCCGGCUCGCUUGACGUCAAAGUCUCAGAAACGGCGAAUCAUCAGGAUGCUGUCACCAUCUGCACGCUGGGGAUCGGAACGGCGUUCGGGGAGUCGAUCCUGGACAACACCCCGCGGCAUGCCACCAUCGUCACGCGGGAAUUCAGCGAGCUCUUGCGCAUCGAACAGAGGGAGUUCAAAUCCCUGUGGGAGAAAUAUCGUCAGUGCAUGGCCGGACUGCUUGCACCACCAUAUGGUGUGAUGGAAAGUGGCCCCAACAGUGAUAGGAUGCCGGGCAAAGAGAACAUCAGCGACAACGCAUUUGGGGCAGUCUCCAAACACCAGACUAAGAAGUCGUUCAGUGACGGUCCUGCCAAACCCAUCCCUAAAUGCAUUUCUCAGGUGCCGUCGGAGAAGCUGCUGCGGGCCGGGAAGGUUCUGCGGGACGCCAUUCUCUCCAGGUCCCCCCACAUGAUCAGAGACAGGAAAUAUCAUCUGAAGACGUACAGGCAGUGUUGCGUGGGGACCGAAUUGGUUGACUGGCAAAUGCAACAGACCUCAUGUGUCCACUCGCGCAUUCAGGCUGUAGGCAUGUGGCAGGUGCUGCUGGAAGAGGGUGUUCUCAACCAUGUGGACCAGGAGCUGAGCUUCCAAGACAAGUAUCUUUUCUACCGCUUCCUGGAAGAUGAACAGGAGGUCGCACCGUUCCCCAGCGAGGAGGAGAAAAAGGAGUGCCAGGAAGAACUGCAGGAUAUCUUACUCCUCCUCUCGCAGAUCGGCCCUGACGCCCACAUGAGGAUGAUUUUGAGGAAACAGCCGGCAGAGAGAACGGCAGAUGAUCUGGAGAUAAUUUAUGAGGAGUUGAUCCAUAUAAAGGCGUUGUCUCACCUAUCUACUACUGUGAAGAGAGAACUGGCGGGGGUGCUGAUCUUCGAGUCCCAUGCUAAAGCGGGAACCGUGUUGUUCAGUCAAGGGGAAGAAGGCACAUCCUGGUACAUCAUCUUAAAGGGCUCGGUUAACGUUGUCAUCUAUGGAAAAGGGGUUGUUUGCACGCUACACGAAGGGGAUGACUUUGGGAAGCUCGCUCUUGUUAACGAUGCCCCCCGUGCCGCCUCCAUUGUCCUGCGAGAGGACAACUGCCACUUCCUGAGAGUGGACAAGGAGGAUUUCAACAGGAUCCUGAGGGAUGUGGAGGCCAACACAGUCCGUCUGAAGGAGCACGAGCAGGAUGUGCUGGUCUUAGAGAAGAGUCUCAGCGCCGGCCGGGGCUCCAUCACUGGGACCUCCUCCUCCUCCUCCUCCCACUACAAAUACACUGUGAUGUCAGGGACCCCAGAGAAGAUUCUGGAGCACUUCCUAGAAAUGACAAGAUUGGAUUCCCAAUUCACUGAGUCAGACCCGGCGCUGGACGACUUCCUGCUCAUGCACUGUGUCUUCAUCUCCAACAACCAGCUGUGCCCUGUGCUCAUGGCCCAUUACCAUGCGCAGGCCUCGCAGGGCUCUGAGCAGGAAAGGCUGGACUACACCCUCAACAACAAGCGCAGGGUGAUCCGCCUGGUGCUGCGGUGGGCGGCCGUGCACGGAGAUCACCUCCAGGAGGAGGACACCUCGGUUGCCUUCCUAGAGGAAUUCCUCACAGCGGUAUCCAGCGAUGCGAGGGUGAUUCAGCUCCUGAAGGACCAGCUUCCGGAGUUGGAGAGAAUUGUAAAGUGCAACGCUGAUGAUGCCAGAGCUUCACAGAAAAAGCACAAAGUCCUGCUGAGACAGUUCAGCAUGGGAGACGAAAAGCUUCAGAGACGACAGCCCAUUAAGAGUAACGAUGAAAUUCUGUUCAAAGUCUACUGCUGCGACCACACCUACACCACCAUCCGGGUACCCGUGGCCGCCUCCGUCAGGGAGGUCAUCAGUGCUGUGGCGGACAAACUGGGGUCAGCGGAGGACCUCCUCCUGGUCAGCCUUAGUUCGGCCGGAGAUAAAGUCAUCUUGAAGCCCAAUGACGUCUCUGUGUUUUCCACUCUGGGCAUAAACGGACGCCUGUUUGCAUGCCCAAGAGAUCAACUGGAUUCACUGACACCUUUACCUGAGCAAGAAGGUCCAUCUACAGGGUCCGUGUCCAGCUUUGAGUUGAUGAGCUCUAAGGAUGUGGCCUACCACAUGACCGUCUAUGACUGGGAGCUCUUCCACUGUGUACACGAGCACGAACUCAUCUACCACACAUUUGGGAAGCAGAACUUCAAGAAGACCACGGCAAACCUGGAUCUGUUCCUCAGGAGGUUCAAUGAGAUUCAGCUGUGGGUGGUCACAGAGGUUUGCCUGUGCGCUCACCUCAGCAAGCGGGUGCAGCUCCUCAAGAAGUUCAUCAAGAUCGCUGCCCACUGUAAGGAGUGCAGGAACCUGAACUCCUUCUUUGCUAUCAUCAUGGGAAUGAGCAAUCCGGCAGUGAGCAGACUGAGUCAGACCUGGGAGAAACUCCCCACCAAGUUCAAAAGGUUUUACGGGGAGUUCGAAAACUUGAUGGACCCGUCCAGGAACCACAGGGCGUACCGUCUGAUGGUUGCCAAGCUGGAACCGCCCAUCAUUCCCUUCAUGCCGCUGUUGAUCAAAGACAUGACGUUCACUCAUGAAGGCAACAAGACGUUCGUAGACAACUUGGUCAAUUUUGAGAAGAUGCGGAUGAUCGCCAAUACGGUAAAGAUAGUGAGAUACUGCAGGAGCCAGCCAUUCAGUCCAGAUUCAUCUCAGGCCAACAAGAACCAUCCGGAAGUACGGAGCUAUGUGCGUCAGCUCAAUGUGAUUGACAACCAAAGGACGUUAACUCAGCUUUCUCACGGACUUGAGCCUCGCAGGUCCUGAAACCAACUCAGGGAGCGAGGUGCCCCGCGCUGAUGCUGCUUUACCAUGACGUUUGCUUUGAGCUUCGCCUGUGAGUUUCCUCACACGCACACAUUUAAAGGGAGGCCCCGAUGACGACGACAUACCGCAACGACAAGAUUAUGACACUGGGGGCCCUAGCCUGAGUGUUUUCGCCCUUUUAAUCCCCGUAUCUUUUAGGGCAUUUCAGCAACAUGAUGAAGUAAGUGUUUGCUGGCGACCUCAUCUCAGACGCGGAUGUUGCCGUCGCCCCAGAGUCGGGAACGGAUCCGUCAGAUUGUCACCGUGCGACAUCUCA